GUUCUGAUCGAAAAAUACAGCUACAUUGAGAACUUCAACUUAGUCGAUGGACGACUGUUCAUUUGCACGGUCUCCUGCCUUUUCGCCAUUGUAGCUUUAAUUUGGGAUUACCUGCACCCGUUCCCAGAGUCCAAGCCUGUACUGGCGUGCUGCGUCAUAUCAUACUUCAUCAUGAUGGGGAUUUUGACCCUCUACACCUCUUACAAAGAGAAUAACAUCUUCCUCAUGGCCAUGCAGAAGGACCCAGCUGGUAUGGACCCGGAUCACAUCUGGCAGCUGUCCUCUAGCCUAAAAAG